AUGCCUAUCAAGGAUGAGAACAUGGUCUUAGACCAGUCUCUUCUACUACAUCAGGACAACGAGGAACAGGACAUAUUAAAUGAAUUCUUGGAUCAACGAGUUUUUGAUUCAUUGAAUGCAAACACUCCAGACAGUGUUUUAAUGCCACAAAAAGAUAUGGCGGACUUCCAUUCUGAUUUGUUCCUGAGAUUGAAAAGCGAAAAUUCGAAGAUCGACACCUAUGAUCUUGACGUUGGCCUUCAACUUGAUGGGAGUGCUGAUGGAACUGGUUUCGAUUUUAAAAACGAGCCACAAGAUAUGCAAAUGAAAGCAGAUAAUAGUGAAUAUCUUUAUGUUACUCCAAAUCAAGGUGAAUCUGGCAGCGUGUAUGCUAGUCCCAAGUACACUUCUGGAAGUGAUAAAGGGGACAACGGCUUCAGUAAUCAAUUAGAUGAUUACGAUGUUGUGAGGAAAGAGUUGUCUAAUGUCAAGUUUGGAAAUUAUUUUAUGAAUCCAUGCCCACCAACAGUUGAAGUUGCAAAUGCUUCCUACUUGGAUUUCUCGAAGGAGACGAUGUCAAAUUUGCCAUACUCGUUAAAGGUUCUUGAACUACCACCUUACUCUCGGGUAGAAACGCAGAUUAAGUUGAAAUUUGAAUUCAACCCUGCCCCAAAGCAGCAUCUUCUUCAUGUGUCCCAAGAUUUAAUUUCGAAAAGCAAAUUUUGCUUGCAAGAUCCAGUGGAGUCUCUACCGUUGCUGUUGCGGAAAAACAUGCUCUUCAUGGAUACUUAUGUGUUAACUUCAGACCUCAAAAGAUCUUGUAAUGUUUGCUCGAGAUGUAUCAAGCGAGAGCAGAAGAGGGCACUGCGGUCGAAGACUGGUACCAGCGAAACAAGUAAUGCCAACUCUCCGACUUCAGCUUCGGUUCCGAGUGCAUUGAAAAACAAUCCGAAUUCAUGGGCAGACGAAAGUAUGAUAAAGAAGGCAAUUAUUUUCAAUUGCAAAGAAAUCAUCAGUUUCCCGGCACCAACUGGUCUUUUUAAUGACCAAACCAAAGCUUUAGAUUUUUCGGCCCGAAUCAUUUGCUAUUGCAGACAUCAUAAAGAACAAGACGGUUUCAAGUUAUUGUUUGUGGUCAAGGACUACCAAGGGCAGGUGGUUGCUAAACAUCUUUCCAGUCCAAUAAUGAUCAUGGAUAGGAAAAAAAACUCAUCGACCAGCAUCAAGGAGACAUCUGCUCUAUUAGGUGAUCAUGUGGGCUCCUCAACUCAUCUUAGCGUUUCAAACGACACCAACGAGGACUCUAAUAUGCAUCCACUUUCGCCUAACUCCAUCGACGAUUCUACUUCAGAAGCGUUAGCAAAUACUGAUACCAACACUGAUUCUAAUAUAGCACGUGGCUAUAAGAGAAAGAAACUUUCGUUUGAUGAUUCCUUCAAUACCUCGUCGAACCCCAUGUUCAAUGGUGGUUUCUCCCCGUUGAGCAAUAGCGAUACCAAUACCUCAAUUCAUAAUAUGAAUACCAAGAGUGGGGUGUUGGGUUCAAUGAACUCACUAGGGUCGGCCUUUCCACCACAGACUUAUACUCUGGUCAUCCCAAGACAGCGCCUGCAACAACAGCUACUGCUGUUGCAGCAACUGAAUCUGUUGCCAACUAUUCAGAAGAUUAUUCCAUCACAGGGACCCAUUCGUGGUGGAAUAGAAGUUACACUUUUAGGGUACAACUUCCGUCCUGGUUUGAUUGUGAAGUUUGGAUCUAAGAAUGCCCUUGCUACCCACUGCUGGUCUGAUAGCACGAUUGUAACGUAUUUACCGCCCGCAUCUCAACCAGGACAAGUUUUGGUAAGCUUUGAGAAUUUGGAAGAGGGCCUAACUGGAGGGCAACAGCUGAUUUUUACUUACACUGAUGAUACAGAUCGCCAGUUGAUUGAACUAGCAUUGCAAAUUGUGGGAUUGAAAAUGAAUGGUAAAUUAGAGGAUGCAAAGAAUAUUGCGAAGCGCAUUGUUGGUUCUGACGGCUCCAGCAAUUCUAAUACCGGAGCAUCUUCGCCGCAACAACCUGUUGGAAUGAACCAGGCAAGUAUGGAAUGGUAUGAUAAUGCCCAUAAGGCUGUUGAAAAAUUAUCCAGAUCGGACUUAUCGACUGAGGAGAUAUUGAUUAAUUUUCUUUCAUUAGUUGAUCUCCCUAAUUGCCCAAUUAUCAUUCCCAAUUGGCAACUUUGUAAUAGUCAGGGGCAGUCUUUGUUGCAUUUAGCCACCUUGAAAGAUUACGCACAUUUGAUAAAGUUUUUGGUCACCCAUGGUUGCAAGAUCGAUAUUCAAGACAAUCAGGGGUUGACGCCUUUAUUCUUCGCUUCUAUGUGUGGCAAUCGCGAUUUGAUAAACAUUUUCCUUGAGUGCAAAUCUCAUUGGAACAUGAAAUUGAGCAACGAUAAAUUUCUCAAGGAUUACUGUGAUUUGAAUGUGCUUGAUAUUUUCAACAAACUAGAGUCUAAUAGCUUUAGCUCAUAUGAGACUAGUUCCAAUAAGGGUAAUAUCUCUGAUGUUCUGGAAGGAGGCUUGAGCAAAUCCUUGAGUAUCGACUCUUUGAACUCCUUGUAUAUGAUGGAUUACGGAAAACAUAUUUCGAGGAUGGUGUUGGACUCUGGUGUCAUCACGGAGGAGAAAUUCAGCGACGAAUCUGUCAGGAUGAUGAAUAAGGCUGAUGAGGUCAAACCAGAUUUUGCUAGACAGAGAUCCACUUUUGGAUAUGGAAAUGAGUCAGACUUUGCCGACUCAGAAUUUGAUUCUGAUGAUUAUUCAUCGAUCGAUGAGAACGAGUAUAACAGGUAUCGUCACGAAUGUAACCAAGAAGGUGCCGAUUACGAUGAUGAGGAUUAUAAUGACUACGGAGAAUCUGAAAGUGAUGUGUCGGAAACUACUACCAAGUCUCCCAAUGCGGGCUUAUGGCAGAAGGUCAAGAAUGCUGUGUUUUCUAGUGAUACAGAGGCGGACUUGCCAUCCUACGAUGAUCUCUUCCCUUUUGGAAAUAGCUUCAUGAAACCCAAGGCCUCUGUGGAACAAGAUAUCAGUAACACAGGAGCACAUCAGGGAAAAGAAAGCGAGGCUUUUGCUGAUCAUGAAGAUGCUGGUGUCACUUCUGAUUCAUCUGAAGACAUGGUACUUAAUUUCGUCAACCAUCCAAGAAAAACCGUCGAGAACGACAAGAUGUUGCUCUUCUUCUGGCUCCCAGUUCUUGUUCUCCUUAUUGGUUUCUUUUCCUACGUCUCCAUCACUGGGUAUAAGAUCGAAACAAUUGAAAAGAUGAAGGAAGCAGGAAGGAAUGCUAUUGGUAAUUUGGUAGUUGGAAAUGAAAGAUUGAAGAAAGUCUUUUCUAGCUAUGAGCAACCGCUAGAGGCGUGA